AUGGCUUUGCAAGACCUGAUAGUGGGUGUCGUCGGCGGCCACUUGAUGUUGACACUCACUCUCGGCCCUAUUCUCAUUCUAUUCAUUCGUUCGGUAUACCGCGUCUACUUUCAUCCUCUUUCACACAUUCCUGGACCUCUCUUGGCUAAACUGACGUCCCUUUGGCUGUACUAUCAUGCCUACGUCGGAGAUGAAGCAAGCACGAUUCACAAGCUCCACCAGCAAUACGGCCCAUACGUCCGGGUUUCGCCUACUGAAGUGGAUUUGAGCGACGCAGAUGGCAUACCUGCAAUCUAUGUGUCCAAAAGGGGCUUUCCCAAGGCGAAUUGUUAUGCCAAUUUUGAUAUCGAUGGGCACAAGACUCUGUUUUCGACUACGGAUACCGAGUAUAGGAGUCCAAGGGCGAAAGCAGUGGUACCUCUGUUUUCUACAAAGGCUUUGCGCGAAAACGAGAGGGCCAUUUGGGGAUGUGUGGAUCGUAUGGUUGACCGGUUGGUCGAAGAAGCAAAGACAAAGAGACCUGUAAACGUACUCAACCUAACGCGGAGCCUGGCGGUUGAUGCAGUGUCUACGCACUUAUUCCGGGAAAACUAUGAUGGUGUCAGCGAAAGAGGGCCGGUGCUGAGUGUAAGCGCCUUUGUGGAUCUUUUCGUUGCGGUUGGUCGCUUCUUUUAUCUGCCGAACCUCGUCUUUGCGUGGUUGGAGUGGGCUGUCACGAAAUUGGUACCCGAUCGCGAGGCAGACGACAGUAUGUCACUAGUCGACAAGUUCGUCGGCACCGUGGUUUCAAACACGACCUCCAAGUCAACGACAUAUCCGGGACGAUUGUUGGCCAUUGGACUUAGCGACUCGGAGGUUAGGGCCCUUGUUAUGCACCCUGAAAAGUAUCAAAGACCGAAGGAAGAGGUCGCCAAAAAUGCCGCUUUGGGGGCAGAUGCGCAGGAAGCUCAAGCCCUCCCCUACCUCAAUGCUGUUGUUAAAGAGGGCCUGCGACUCAGUAUGGCAAACCCCACGCGCCUGCCUCACGUCGUACCAGCUGGUGGCUGGAAUUUCAAGGGCACUUACUUUCCCGCUGGCACCAUCAUUGGCUGCUCAGCUUACGAACUCCAUUUCAACCCUGCGGUAUUCCCCCAGCCUCGAGUGUUCAGCCCGGAAAGAUGGCUAAAUCCCACCGAGGAUAUGUUAAAGUACUGGUUUGCUUUUGGUGCGGGAAGCCGAGCGUGUAUUGCUAGGAACCUGGCUACUGUGGAAUUACAGUUUGCGACGGAGAGACUGGGCAGGAGUGGAAUACUGGAUGGAGCAAGGAUUGUUCAGAGCGAAGUGGAUAUUUACGAGUGGUUCAACUCAAAAGUUAAGGGUGGCAAGAUUGAGCUGGUUUGGGGAUGA